CUUUUUUCUUUUUUCAAAAUCUCACUUUUUUCAAUGCCAAAUCAAUAUACAAACAUCCCAAAUCAUCCUCAUCAUCACACACCAGAGCCGGAGUUUCCAUCAAAGGAAUCUCAAUCUCAACAUUCUCCCUAUAAAAUCUCCACAACAUCAUCAACACAUUCAACUUCUUACACACACAUUCUAAUACUAAACAAUAAAAAAAAAACACCCUCUAAACUCAACUCAAUUAACCUUGUUCCAAUGAACAUGUUAGGCCUCAGAGACCUAGUUCUGAUAGCUCCAAACCCUUCUCCACUUCACCACCAUCAACACCAACACCAACACCAACCCAUUUCAGCAGAACACCAUUCCAACCUCCCUUUGCCUUCUCCAGCCUCUCUCAGCGUUGGUCUCGGCAUUUUCCCUCUCCUCACCUUGCCACACACCAACGAUGUUCAUGUUCAAGUUCAAGACUGUGCCAACACCACGAACACCAACACCACCAACUACUGGAACCUCAAGAUGUGUGGUGGUGGCUCAGAAGUGAAUUCCGCAAGAAAAGGUGGUGUGAUCGUGAACAUGGAAGACGAGGGGAGCAACAAUAGGCACGUGAUGGAGAGUGAUGAAAGUGGUGGCACCGAGUUUAGGGUGUGUCAGGAUUGUGGCAAUAGGGCCAAGAGAGAUUGCACCUUCAGAAGGUGCAGGACUUGUUGCAAAGGACGUGGCUUUGAUUGCAUCACUCACGUGAAGAGCACGUGGGUACCUGCAUCCCUAAGACGAGGCAGUGGUAGUGGUAAUAAUAGUGGUGGUGAAGACAAUAAUAGUGGUAGUGGUGAUGGCAGUGCUUGCAAGAGAAUGAGAAUUUUAGGUUCUUCAAAGAAUGUUGCUGCUACAUCUCAUAGCUCCACUUCUAAUGCUACCCCAACAAAGAGCUUUAGCUUGGAUACUAGCUCUUGUCAACAAGAUGCUGGUUUCAAGCAGUGUUUGCCACGGCAUGUUCAAGCACCUGCUGUGUUUAGGUGCCACAGAGUGUCUGCAAUUGGGAGUGGUGAAGAUGAGUUUGCCUACUUGGCCACGGUUCAUAUCAGUGGCCAUGUGUUCAAGGGGUUUCUCUAUGAUCAUGGUCCUGAUGCCAGAAAUGAUGUGCUUAGUGUUUCAGAACUGCAACUAGGAAACAAUGGAAGUGGAAAGAACAAUAAUAAUAAUAAUGGGGAAUGUUCUUCUGCAAUUGGAGUUCCAACUAGUGCUUACCCUGCUUCUGUUUGCUGAGAUCAAUUCAAGGUGAUGAUGGAUUCUGUGACACUCUGAUGGCAGUAAAUUCUGCUGUUUUGCAGGGAAAACUGAGGAUAUAUGCUCUUUUUUUAUUAUGUAAAUUUCUCUUCUAUAGAAUGUUUAUAUGCAUACAUAGGGGACCUAGUUUCAAUUUCAUGCACAAGAUUAGAGACAUUGAUUGAUGUUGCGGGACUUUAUAUUCAGUGCUUAAGUAAAGUUUUAUUUCAUCAAAAUAAUCAUAAUUCAUAGUCUCGUGAAUAAAAAAAAUAGA